CUGAUUAGAUAAAAUCAGAUGGUGCUCCAUUGCCCAAAGCCCAAUUUAUUGCCGGAUUACCCCUGUUGUGCAACUUUACAGUUUACUGUGCAAAAUGCAAAUUAAAAUUUUCAAAGCACACACGUUUCAAGUCAAACUUUAUAGUCUCUAAGUCGUAGAUCGCGAUAGGCAUGAAUUCGUAUUAUAAAUUUUUUUGUAAUAAUUAUCAGUCUCGAUUCUUAUUUAUGGUUUAAAUAAUAUUAUACAAGUUCACAUUUUUAUUGGACGCACUUGCUCGGAUUACAAUAUUUAAUUGCGAUUAGUGUCAGCCAAUAAUUACAAAAGUACUUCACAGAAAGCGAGCAUUCUGAUACAUUCAAUUUGCUAUGGCUAACAGUGAUCAGAUGCCCAAAGUUGAUUUCAUGAAAGACGGUGAAAUCGAUAAAAGAUUACUGCAACAGAUAAAAUUUGUUGAACGCCAAAAUCUAGUUCGUGCCACUAGGCUAAACCGCAUGCGUAGAAACGCUCGUUACACGGGCUUAUUACUUGGUGGUAUUACAUUGAGCAUAUACGGGUAUUCUAUAUAUUCAAUAAAACAGGAAACAUUCUUGGACGAUUUUGAGGAACCGGCAGUAACUGUUAAACAAUAA